CAAUCUUAAUUUCUUGUUGGAUAAAUUUCCCAUAAAAGCUGUAUUGCAUUAUUGAGAAGUGAAGGCUGAAUCUCAUACUUAAUAGAGGCUGUGGAAGUCAUCUCUUCCUUAUGAACGAGCACCACUGUAAGAUGGGCAUCUCCCUAAAACCAGGUACCCAGAGUUGAGGCUGGUAUCAAGGGUUCUCUCUCAGAGAGAGAUGAAUCAGUGUUUAGUUGUGGGCUGGGUUGACACAGUCUUAGAAGGGACUAGAAACAGGAUUAGGGAAAAAAAUUCCUCUUGUUUAGUUGUAUUAAUGACUGCAAAAUUCAGCUGAACACGGUGUAGGAGGUGCAAAGAGACAGACAAAAAAAAAAUUCAGUAAAACAACAACUGUGCCCGCUCUUUUCUACAUUUCGUAGCUGUCUUUGCACGACUGCGACGUGAAACUUCUUAAGGCCUAGGCCAAACGUCGAAGUUUCAUGAGGCGAACUAAACUCUAAUUUGGGUUGACCUAAAUUAAGUUAAGAUCGUCGGUUGUAGUCCGGCAGCUUAGCUAGAGAAUGAUGCGAUUUUUGAUACAAGCACCAAACUUUGUAGGAAUAGUUACAUUCUCAGUCUAGUGAUUUCCUGAUAUAGUGCCAAGUUUCGUUUUCUAAUUUCAGCUUGUUAGUAGCAAAUGAAAUUUUCAGACCGAGAGCCCCCCGUGACGUACUUUUUCUUACUCUUUUUUUAGCUUCAAUGCAUGUUUUAUUUCAAAGCACAGGUUUAACAAUUAUACAGAUGUUUAAAUUUCGAUGCGAAUUUUUAUUUCCCUUUAUUAUACAUUUGUGUAAAUGCAGGCCGUAAUUAGGAAUUUAUCUGCACAUGCUUGUCCUCGCUUUUCUCUUUUUUUGGAAUCAUAAGAAUUUGCGCUAUCUCAUUCUAAAAUGUGCAUGCAACUCGGUGCAGCUAGAAGAAAAAUCUAUUCUAGUCAUACAAAAGAGAAAACUGUACGUUUAAAAGGAGAAAGUAAGAAGGGGAUUAAUUUGAAGACAUACGAAAGAGGUCGCUACCCCUUUUUUUAUAGGCUCCUGUGACUGGUUUGUGUUAUUCGCCAGACCCUGGGGCCCGUUUCUCGAACGUCCCGGUAACUUUUCGGGCCCGAAAUCAAAUAUUCAAAACAAAAUAUAAAAAAUAAGAGCACGGGUCCUAGCUAGCGAACUACUCCAUUUUGUUUCAUUAACUGAUAGUUUUAUCCUGUUAGAUGCAAAACUAUUGAAACCUCGAUCUUUAAUGUAAACGGGAGCAGCUUACCGGGCCCGUUAAUUAUCGGGACUCUCGAGAAACGGGCCCCAGGUUGUUCAAAAGCUGGAUAGUGCUAUCCACCGAAUAAAUUACUAUCCAAGAGAUAAGUAUUAGGGAAACUAAUUACAGUAUCCGUUGGAUAGUGAUUUAUCCACUGGAUAGCGCUAUCCACCUUUUGAACAACUGGGGCCAGAAGGAGACAACUGAAAAUAUUGGAUUUGGGGGUUAUUAAAAAUUAAAAUAUGAAGUGAAUAAUUAGUAGACAAUUACCAGAUAGUCCACCACCACAACAAGGUGCCUCUGAUCCCAUUAGCGGACUAACUGGUUUUUGUGUGUACCUUUUCUACCCUAAUUUAUUUCCUUCCCAAAUCAACAUCAUUUCCCCCCAAAACCAACCGUAAUGCCCCCUAAACCGGAAACGGCACGACUCUGGUGCUGGAUACCCUACUUUUCAGUAAGACUUAGCAUCAUUUCAUGAGGCGGGAGAAUUAAAUUUAGCAGCUGACUGGAAACAUUUUGACGUGGGAAAUGGAAUUGCUUCCACAUUGGUAAGUCGUUUGGUAUGUGACAUAGAUCUUGUCGCGAUGUGUCCAACAGGAUGAAACUGGAUCCCACGAUAAAAGAGCCUGUGAAAAAAAUCCACAGCAGCAAACGGACACGCUCAAGUAUGUUUUGCAAUUCUGUUCGCAUGGAAUAGAAGCGGACAUGAAAAUGAUAGUUCAUGUAGCUGAUGUAGUAGAAAAUGGUCACUAGUCAGUCAUGAUUCGAACUUUCGCGCUUUCUUUCUCGCUCGUUUUCCCCACGAUGUUUUAGUCUAGAACAGGCUUAUUUAGACUUGAAGGAAUUUUGGGUGCCCUACAGGUCAGAAAAAACCCCACAACAUCACACCCGCCCUCUUUGCAAAGGCCCUUGGCCCAGGUAACUCGAAGUGUCUUCCUAUCUUCCAUGCCCUAACCGAGUGUGUGAUACAACUUCCUCCUCCGCUAGUCAUGGAGUUUCUAAAAUACUGGAAUAAUUGCCAAUUUUUUCUCAUUGAAAGGAAGCAUUGUUGUAAUUAAAAUCACAAAAUAAAAAGAUGAGGGUCACCGCACUUUUUUUUGCAGUAGAGCUGCAGAGAGUGCACACCACCUGCAUUCCUUGCGAUUUUUUAGAGAGAACUUGGGUGGGUUUCAAAACGACAUGAACGUGGAAGGAAGCAUUGGAAAAUACGAUUUUAUGGAAUUUACAUCGAGAUUAAGCAAUAUGGAGUAGGACAUAAUUUGAUAGAGGCGAAGCUUGAAUGUCAUUUAAAGUGGUUCAGCGCACAACAUCCUCUAUCGAAGGCCUCGUUGAGGAAGUGUAACUGACAGCAACACACGUACCGUUUACAUUAUGAACAGUGUCUACACUUUGAGACUCUUCUCGGCCAGAAACACUGCUAUAGAAGCAGAAGCUCUCUUUCACCGCGGCUAUCUUGUUAUGCGCAGGGAGAGGUAGGGUCUGGCUGGCCACAGUGGAAGCCCCUGUGCAGUGCAAAACUAGAGAAUCACCUUAAGUUUAUUCCGUAACGAACAAUGUGCAAUCAACUUGGUGACGAAGCUAUUUGCAAGGAGCUUAGUUGUAUUUCACAUAAUAAUCAAACCAUUAAUUUUAUACAGUUAUUGCAGUUUUAGCUUUCCGUCGCUUACCGUUGCCACGCAGAGUUAACGUUAAAUGGCGCGCUUUAUGUGGUUAUCAGGUUGCUAUCACUGAAAUGAUACUAUGUCUUCAUAAACUAGGAAAAAUGAAUUUUAUUAAAUUUUCAUGAAUUUAAUUAACUAUGGUUUGUAUAGAAAUAGACGAAAUUCCGGCUUGGCACUAUAUCUGAAAAUCCUUGUAUUGGUGACUACUAUCAGUGUGCCAAAUUUCAUGCUUGUACCUGAAAUUUCGAGCUAUGCCGUCAGACUAUUGGGUCAUACGUCGAACUUACGACGCGUCGAAACAAUCAGCUGAAUAAGAUCAGUAAUAAAUUUUUUCCCGAACGAGGCUAAAUAUAUUUUAAUUUAUUAGUAUAUUUCGUCGCAUGAGAAGUAAGAUCGACGUUUUCCCGGAGACGAUCUUCAGACGUUUUAUCCGUCUGAAGCAGACGGAUAGAACGUGUUGGACGAUCCAAACUCGUUCAGACGAAAUUAACUGAGCCAGACGUCGAACUUUUCAUUAGCUUAACUCACCAAGUUUGGUUUGUCUCAUGAAAAGUUCGACGUUUGACCUAGGCCUAAUAUCACGGUUUAUGGGGGAUACGUGAACACAAGUUAACCAACUGCCUCGCUUAAGUGGAAGGUGGGAUACCCAGAUAGAAUACCGCCCCCAUGGCUGACAAAUCCCCGAAACCCAGCCACGAGCCCCCAUUCCAGGCACCCGUCACACUGAUGAAACAGUGGAAGGAAGAAAAAUAAAAUAAGGGAGGGGGACAAGACGCUAAAUGAACCGCUCCACAGACCAGUGCACAAGCGCUCAAUGAAGAACUCACAGAUCGUAGCAGUGUACAAAGCUACCACGUACCAUGUGAGCCUGCACUUAUGGGAUUGACCGCUGGAUGCCCGCUAAGCUCGUGGACCGCUUGACCGCUAAGCCUUGUGGACUGCUUGACCGCUAAGCUUGUGAACCGCUUGACCGCUAAGCUCGUGGACCACUUGACCACUAAGCUCGUUGUUGUUAACUUAGUGAAAUUACAUUUUCUCUUUCUUUUCCUAAACAUAGCUGAUGUAGACCUUAAAGUUCAACUCCAGAUAUACCAACAUUUGUCAAAUUGAACGAGAUGAAAUGAGAACGGUGAAAUCUAAAACACGCGCGGGGGGCAAGGGGGGGUGUAUAGGCUUGGGAGGGAUUUAGAAAUCACCUCAUUUACAAGCGAGACAAAGUAGCCUCCCACCCCACUCAUGAUCUGGUUUUAACAUAGUCUAUAACAGACAACAGCAAGGUUUACUGUUAACAAUAAAUCAAUGUGUUUCCUGUAUAGGCGGCUAAUAAUGUUGAAAUUCCUGAGUCGUUUGUAAGUGGAACCAGUGGUUUUCAGAGGGAAGUUACAUACAGCACACAGACUUUUCAGGUAAUGACCACAAUAUCACAAUUUCAGCCAAUGUAUUCCCUAUGCAGUUCGCAUACAUUGCCCACGGUACUGAAGAGGAGCAUUUGUUACACUUUCAAGACCUUUUUUACUCUUGCUGAUCAUUUCCUCUUUUCUUGGUACCUUUGGUCAAGUCUCUGUUUUUUCAUAACCACAGGAAGUUCCUGCUGAUCAGUUGUUGGAAGAUGUGGUGGGCAGACCAAUGCCUCACUUAGCAGCAGUUAAACAGGCUACAGGAGAGGCUGUGUAUUGCGAUGAUAUGCCCAAGUAUGCAGGUAAGUCUUGGUAGAAAAAAAUCGUGGGAAAGUUACAGUGUGAGCUUCUACUAGCGUAGUGCCCAUCGCUCUGUGGGCGGCUGUCUUAUUUUGCUAGCCUGCUCCUGAAGCGUUCAGAUACAGUAGUGGGGACAGCGCAAAGAAAAGUACGGGGAACAAUCACAGUGUUACAAAACAAACGGUUUGACUGUUCCAUUGUUAUUCUUUCUUUUCAGGAGAGCUUUAUCUAGCUGUUGUCUUCAGCAAACGUGCCCAUGCAAACAUCCUGUAAGCAUGUUUAUUUCAGUCUGUAACACAUCAUUCUGGCACCAGUUGUUCAAAGGGUGGAUAACGCUAUCCACAAAUCUCUUUCCAUUGGAUAACGUAAUUGUUUCUUAUGAUACUUAUGCACUGGAUAGUGAUUUAUCCAUUGGAUAGCACUACCCAACGUUUGAAUGACCUCUGAACUCUUUACACGAAGAUACCUUACGAUUUUAACAUCAGGAAGAUGUCAAGUUAGCGGCCGCGGCAAAACGAGAGACGAAGGGUUUUCAUCUGCGAUUCGCGCCAAAAAUGAGGAGUGGCGUGACUCGCAACUGGUUUCUCAUAAUACUCAUGCGCGUCCUAUUAUGUUAACAUGACUGUGAAAAUGGAUAUGGUUUUUUAAAUCUUAAUUGCAUUAAGGUUUAUUCCAAUUCGCUUAAAAUGUCGAACGUAGGUAAAUUUCCCUGGAAUUGAAUUCCUAAGGAUCGCACCCGUGUUAAGGAAGAAACAGAAAAAAAUCAAAGGCUCCUAAAGACUGGUUUCCAUGAUCGCUACGAUCGCUGUGAUCACAGCGAUCAUAGCGAUCAUAUGGAAACCACUUUCCAGCGAUCGCAGCGACAACGAUCGCUGAGAUAGAACUUUUUCUAUCUCAGCGAUCGUUGUCAAUGCGAUUGCUACGAUCGCUGGAAAAGGGUAUCCCCAAAGAAUCUGGCACCUUUCAGGACACUGCCGCAACCUUUUUCAACAGUCUUCCAACCCAUAUAAGAAAUAUUAAGGACUAUGGACUCUUUUGCAAAUCAAUAAUGCCAUUGUUAUAAUGCCCAGGAUUCGAAUCUUUUGUCGACACAUAGACAUUUUUAUUUUAAUGGCACAAACCUAAAUAUAUUAGAUAAGGUUUUUAUUUUUUUAUUCUUUAUUGUUUUAAUUUUUUAUUGCAUUUGUAAAUCACUAGAAUAUUAGUUUGGAUAACUUUUAGUGUGCAGUCGAAGAGCCACUUUGUGGAUUCUGUAUUAAAGUCAUCAUUAUUGUUGUUAUUAUUAUUAUUAUUAUUAUUAUUAUUCAGGCGUUUAUGGCUAAAUUAAACUGGUUUAGAACGCGCUUUUGCUUAACACUAGCUAAAAAUUAUUUUAAUAAACGGACUGAGCAAAAAGCUGUACGUGCUCUUACUUUGCUAAGUAAUUUAACGCAGUCGGAGUAUCCGAUUGUCCUUCUGGUGAAUAUAGGCCCUUGCAGCUAGCCAUUCACGUGGUUCAAAACCGCCGUGCUGGAGAGCAAAUGUCGCACGGGGACAAGACAAACAAAAGACAUACAUAAUUUGAUCAAUAAUUUCUUUGUUUGUCUUGUCCCAGUGCGACUUUUGCUCUCCAGCACGGCGGUUUUGUACCACGUGAAUGGCUAGCUGCAAAGGGCCUAUUCUAGAAACUUGUUUAUACCAGUGCAGCAUUCCUGUAGAAAUGACAUUAAUAGCACUUAUAUAUGAAUUCCCCGACAAACAAAAGCCUACUGGGCAAAGAACACUUAAUUACAGAAUUCAAGCAAAAUAGCGUAACGCUGGUUGGUUCUAAAACAAUUUGCUUACUCAUGUCACUCAGUUUCAAACAAUUCCAAACGACUGAUAGUGCACUUUUUGUAAAAUAAGUAGUCUCAGAUAAGGCCGAGCUUUAUUUAAAGCCCUCGUUUUAAACAAUUUAUUGGCCACUGUCAACAACAACUCAACUUACUUAUGAGCAUACAAAGUUUCUGGUCAAAGAAGAAAAUCUACCUUUCCCAGACGAAGGGCAUGGAGUUUUUAAGAAGUUCAAUGUGUUUGCUUUUUGCAGGAGUGUAGACCCAAGUGAGGCAUUGCAUAUGCCUGGAGUGAGAACAUACAUAGGUGCUGAUGAUGUGCCAGGUAGCAAUAGAGCAGGAGCCGUGGUUUGUGAUGAAGAGCUCUUUGCCACAGAAAAGGUGAUCUUGCUUAAUAAGUGCUUUUAUUAUAUGGCUGAGUCUUGCUAUAUGGACCAAAAUUUACAUAGAAAACGCUAAUUUCGGAGCUCUAAAUCUCUUUACCUCGGAACAAAGGUUUAAAUAAAGUUAUAAGACGUCUGUCAACCUUGAGGACUUGGAUGUUGACUUGUCCUUCAACAUUUUAAACUGUGUUUAUUUGUGAACGAAGGCGAUGAAAAAACUAACUCGUAAACUUAUCGAAGAGGAUUCUAGUCAGUGUUUGAAAAUUUUGUCUUAGUACACAGUUAAGAAGAUGUGAAUCGACUGACAGAAAUUCGAGAUGUUUUGCCUAAGAGAAAAUGAGUAAUUCCUUUGACAAAUAUGAUAACAAACAUACCUGCGCCCGAUGAUCUUGACAAGCUUCUUUGCCAUUUGCAGUGUUUUUUCAAAGACCAACGAAAGAAAGAUAGACGCGACUUCGAGCCAGACACGCGUCUUAUUUUUCCUUGUACAAAUGGCCGUAUUGUCCAGUUUUCAAAAGACUCCAGCGUUACAUUGGCAGUGAAUACUUACAGUGCUCUUAGCUUUGGCCAAAUAAACUUUAAAAUAUGUCUGUAAACCCUGAGGGCUGCAAUGUUGACUUUGCUUUUCCAAAUUUUAACCUACCUUUGUUUUAAUGAGAACGAAGCUGAUGUAGAGACUGAAUCGUAACCUCACCGACAAAGAGAAUUCUAGUCAGUGUUUGAAAAUUUUAACUCAUCACAAUUGAAGAGGAGAAUGAACUGGCAGAAAUUCGAGAGGUUUUCCACAAAAAGGUAACGAGCGAAUCCUUGGACAAUGACAACAAACUUACCUUGAAAAGCUUCUUUGCCUUUUGCGGUGUUUUGUGUUUUUACAAGGACCAAUGGAGAAAGGUUGGAAACGACUUGGAGACAGACACAGUGUCUGGUUUCCAAAAUACUCCACAGUUAAAAAGAGCUAAUUUUUCGAGUGCUCUUAGUUUUGACCGAAUAAACUUUUUCACAUGGCGAAUUUGUUUCCACUUUCUCGAAAACCCUUUGUUAUGUGCUAUUGUUUUCGUGGGCUAAUAAAAACUUUCUUUUUUUGACGCCUGUCAAAUGACUGUCAAAUCGCGCGUCCUGCACUUGUUUCCUGUCCCCCAAACUGGAAGAAGCCAUACAAUAAACAUCUUAUUAACCCUGUUUUUUCGGUCCGUACUGUAAAUUACGGAUCCGAGUUUUUUUCCAUCGAUUUAUGAUCCAAGAAAACUCGGUCUGUAAUUUACGGUACGGACCGAGAAGUCGGCUAAUAAGAGGAUCUAUAGCCCUUGAAAAGGGUGAAAAGGAAUGCGAUAUCACGUAAAAUAUUCUGGUACAAGGUUUUUGUCCACGGAAAAUUAAAAUUACUCAAUUUCCUGUUGGAUUCCGUCUUAACGUUCAACAGGUAUAUUAAAUAAAUAUUACUGCAACUAAAGCGAAAAAGUUCCUUUCAAGAGUUAAAAAAAAUCGCUCAUUAAUUUCAAGCUUUUAGGUCCAUUACGGCGCCUUUCCCAAGCGAUAAACGUUCUCACGUGAUCGUCUACAUUGCAAUAAACACGCAAUUCGCCAUUCGCACAUCUCCCAUAAUACACGUUGCCCCUCCCCCCCCCCACCCCCGACCAAAAAAAAAUUGGCAUGUCCUUUCUCCUAGUAUUACACUAAUCCCAAAAAGAAAUUGAAGGCAAUGUUUAUGCAAAAUUUGGGGGCCAAAUAGGGUGUAUUGUGGGAGAUGUACAAGUGGCGAAUGUGUGUUAUAAAAAGUCAAGUACCGUUGAAAUAAGUACUGUUAUAAAGCUAACCUUUUAAUUAUCCUUAAGGAGCCGUAUUGGCUUACUGUAAACAGUCUGUCUUGAUUUGUACCAUCUGUAUGAUCAGGUGACCUGUGUAGGACAAGUGAUUGGUGCUGUUGUAGCUGAGACUCAGGCCCAGGCUCAAAGAGCAGCAAAGAUGGUCAAGAUAUCGUACGAGGAGCUACCAAGAAUAUUAACCAUAGAGGUAAUAACUUUAUUGAUAUCACAAGUCUUUCCAGCAAGUUUUACGUUCAAUUUUGGCCUGGGCUGCCAGCUUUAAAUGCUUGCAUUAGCUCUGUUCCGAAGAUGCUAACACCUUUUCGUUAAGCCCCGGGCAAACUAGCCUGAUUCUCAGACGUCCGAGGUCGUUCGCGGUCCCUUCGCUUCUCUCCAAAGGGAGGCGAAAGGACCGCGAACGAAGUCGAACGUCUGAGAAUCAGGCUACGGGCAAACGGACGCAAUAUUGUUGGAUGUUGCAUGUUGCGUCCGUUUGCACACCCUGUUGCAUGAUGUUGUUACGUGUUGUUGGGAUUUGAUGCAUUCGUUUGCACUCCACUGCAACACGGACACAGCCACACGCAACAUUGUUGGCGCAACAAUUUUGGGAAUUGUUGCGUCCGUUUGCACGUAGCUUUAGCGAUACAGGAUCCUUUCCUUAGAAUUACGAAAUUUUGCAGGAAAAAUUACUCCCCCAUCCAAGAAAAAAAAAUAGAAGAUAAACUAAAAACAACCUCCUUUGGUCCAAUUCGACGCAACACCGACAAGCUUGGCCAAUGAAGGAUUUGUUGUGGGAAAUCCCGAGCAGGCGGGCAAGGUAGGCCUAUCUUGUCCGCCUGCUCGGGAGCUGAUCAGAGCGCAGGUUUCGCUUCAUCUUGCCCGCUUCUGGAAACAGCCAUUUGAUAAGUGCUAUUAUUAAAAACUGAAUCAUUGGAUAAUGCAAUUCUAGAGCUCUGAUUGGCUUAGCCAUCAUGGUAUGUGAGCCAUACCAUGUUCUCGAAAUAGGGUAACUGUACGCGUCGCGUCUGCUCAAAAUUAAAAAUAAGCUGAAAAUCGGUUGUUUUUUUCAAAUAAAGUGGGGAAGACUUCAUAUUUUGUGGGCGUUUUUAAUAAAACAAUUAUCUCACUUGUGCUUGUUGGAUAUAAGAUGAUGAGAGCCAACUCAUAUCCAACGCGCACUCGUGGAGUAAUUGUUAAUUAUUUACACAUGUUUUGUUCACUGGUCAUUUGUAUCUAAGGCCUACUCUGGGACCUUAACUCGCUGCGAGAUUGUGCGAGCUAAUGCGAGUUUAAGCGAGUUAAGGCGAGAUAAGGAAAAAUUGAGCUUGCCUAUUAGUUGCGAGUUUGUGCGAGUUAAGGCGAGUUAAGGCGAGUUAGGGGAAAAUGAUCCACCUUACGUUGAGGUUAUAAGGGUUAAAACUUAUAAUAUGCUUUAGUAAUAUACAUAUAAAGAUGCCUUGCAAUCUUUUGUAUUUCUUAUAUAUAUUGUAGGCUCCAUGUUGUCCAAUUACGAAAAAAUUAAACAAAAAAUUUCAGAUGAGCUCCAAAGUUGAAUGAAGCCAAAUCUUGUUUAAAUUUAUUAAUUGAAUUAUUUUCCUAAUUGGACACGCUUAAGUAUGGAUAUGCUAGUGACAUGGAGUCCUGUUCUUUAUUAAUGAUAUAGCAUCUAGACACCAAACUAUACCAUUUGGUGGCUGUAUCAUAAUAAUAAUCAUCAUCAUCAUCAUCAUCAUCAUAUAUUAUUUCUUACAGCUAUAUAAUUAUUUGGCAGAAUAAUAAAUUACCAGUAGUGAAGAAAAAAAAUGAAAACAAAACAAUCAUGAAUUGAUAAAAAAAAUGUAGCUGUAGUAUAAGCACAGGUAGGAUAUUUUAUUUUAUUUUAUUUACUUUUUUCAAAUCAAUAACACUAUGUUUUAAUAGGCAGGUGAGCAUAAUAGGUAUCACACGACAUGUCAUCAAUUAUUGUUAUCACUAACUCCAGAAUUGAAAAAAAAAUGUUUUUGCAGUCUGUGUCAAUGUUCUUCAAAGAACUAGUAUAAAAAACCGGGGAAGCUGACGAAUUACAACUCAGCUGACGAAAUUUUUAUGACACUAUCAAUUUUACUGAAAUGAAAUGAAAUUUCUUUCUUCUUGAAAAUUAUAAGACUUAUCUUUAAGUCUUCCAUUUGAUCCAUUCUCUCCACUUCCCUGAUGGUUUCCCUUGGAAUCCAGCUCAGUUGUUUGUUUUCACUGCCAGAAAUGAUUGCCUUUUUGUUUCCUCGGAUAAUCUAUUUAAAUUUCUUGCAAAUGAAGGUUGGUGCCUUUUCGCAAAGACAGCAGUUCCCGUAUUUUAGAAACUCCCUCCCUAAACUUGACAAUCCUGUGAGAGACACCUUAAUUUCUACAAAAGAAAGGAGGAUCAAGUUAACUUGAUAGUAAACUCUCUCAGCCUAGCAAAACAGCAAAAAAUAAAUGACCAUAUUUUCUGUUCAGGCUUACUUAUUUUUUACAAAGUGUCAGAACGUGUUCAUAGUUGUGCAGAGGACUAUACCUACACUCUCCACUAUCGGCUUUGUCUCUUAAGAGUUGUCACUGAUGAAUCUUUCCUGCUUCGCAUUUUUACAAAAUGAUCACCGGCUCAGGCGUUCUGUGCGUGUUUUCAUGUCACGUACGCCACAUUGAAGCUUCCUACCUAAAACUUGCCAGUGGACUGGGAUCAACAAGGCUUUGAUAGAGUUAGUUAACGUUGCAAGGGUAAAAGGCUUUAGCUUAGCUUACCUGCAUGUGAUACAUUUUGAAACUUCUAGAUUUAACAUUAAAAGUUUUGCUCGAGUUCUCCCCCUUUUCUUCAGAAGUUUUCCCGUCCAUCUUGAAAAUUACCCAGAAUGCAUAUUGAGGACAAUAGGCUGAGCGAGAGGGCUAUCAAUGCUGAAAUUGUACCUUAAGCAAUCCUUUAUUCAGUUAAGGGCUAAAUGUAACGAGUCUUUAUGAAUCAUGCCUGGGUUAUGGUUGCCAGUCUGACUACAAUGUAGGCCAUACAGGAUGUCACGUUGAACCAAUGUACAGAUCUUCUAGUACGAGGUAAAUAUUUAUAAGAAAUAUGGACUGCAAUCAGUAUGUGGUGUAUUUAAAGGAUUCUCGAUUCUGGCUACAUCCUAGCCUCUCAUUGAUGAUUGCCAGCUAGAAUCCUCAUUAAGCUUCAUCAGAUUAUAAGAUGAUACGUAUGCUACUACUCUUCAUACAUGUAUGUCAUAAACAUGCAGCUUGCAUGCAUUAUAUUUGCGAAGUAAUUAAACUUUCCAUUACAAGUAAACUUUUUUGUUAAUCAUUAACCAGCUUAAAACUAAAAAUUUAAUAUUCUGGUAUUAUGUUUUUGUAUUUCACUCUAAAUUUGAGAUUUGUUAUUUUAAGCCAAAAAUUAAAAACAAAUCAUAGGAUAAUAUUUUUAACUUCAAAUGAGAGAUUCAAAGCAAGCUUGACUUUAGAGUGUUUCUUGUCUCACGUAGAAGUGUAAGACUAAAAUUUAAACUAUUUUAUGAAAACUUUUUCGUGGAUUCGCUGUUUGUGCUUUUAGUUAACGUCAGUCAACAUGGGAUUUGUAAGACCCUGUGACCCCAUGCCUCUGGAAUUUCUGCCAUGGUUAGCAUUGAAGCCUUUUCAUUAGGCAACGAGUUAGUGCAUGUUCAGGCUGUUCCUGGUAGUUCCAUUGACAGUCCAGUUGUGACUCCAAGGCAUGACAAUGUUAAGUAAGAAAAACCUCAUCAACUCUUUAGUGGUGAAAUACCCUUACCACAGAGGCUAUUAGAAAUUCCAGACGGAUGGGAUUGGUCAAUUACAUAUUUUUUAAAGGUAAAAACCCUGUUUUCCUUAAAAAUCACUAUCUUUUAAACUUUUAAAAUUUGUAUCCUUUGGGGUCUUCCCUUUAUGGAGUAAUAAUAUUGUGAAAUUGCACUGAGAGUAGGAUGAGAUAUUAAAAUUGGUAUCCACUUGGCAGUGGCGAGAUUGGGCGAGUUUGUGCAAGAUAAUGCGAGUUUAGGCGAGUUAAGGCGAGAUAAGGAAAUUUGAACAUAAUCUCAAGUUGCGAGUUAGGGCGAGUUAAGGCGAGUUAAGGUCCCAGAGUAGGCCUUAUCUAUUCGAAGUCUCUUUUUACUUGUUAUUAUUUUACCAGGAGGCAAUAGCUGCAGAGUCGUUCAUUGAAUCCACGCCCGUGUGUAUCGAGAAAGGUGACCUGGAAAGAGGAUUUGCUGACUCAGAUCAUGUGCUCCAGGGAGAGAUGAGAAUAGGAGGACAGGUUUGUCUUUUGCGGCUGAAAAUAAAAAUAGCGCUGUAUCUUGUUAACGGAACUCAACGUGCCCAAGAGGAACCCCAUGCGAUACGUUUUGGUUGUCAUGUGAGCUUCCUCUCGAGCGCCCGAAUCCACCCCAGCUAUCUAAGUCAAUGUGAAACGUCACAUUUACCCCUACUUAAGGAGGAUAAGCUGUCGCUCAUCUACAGCGUGUUAUACGUCAUCUAUAUCAAUGUAAAUUGACAUCUGUCAAAGUAAGGUAGUAGGUAAGUUUAUUAAACCUCGUUGCCGUAAAAUUAAUACUGAAUUGGUGAGCUUAAAAAUUUACAAGACUAAUUACAAAAUAUACUAUAAAAAUACUAUAAAUUUACCUACAAUCAUGGACAAACGUCUUGGGACAUUUCUGGGGCGUUUUCCAAUUCAUACAGGUCCAACCCCUCCCCUCACCCCACAAAUAAUGUUGGACGCAUGUAUCCAGAAUUUUGCCGAGUUUCAACUUUGUAUAGGGUGGGGGGAGGGAAAACUGCAAGAAAAUUUCGAAAAGGAUGCACUGUUUUAAAAGGGAACCAAGAAAUGACACAAAAAUAUGGAUAUUGAAGUACUGUCCCAAGGACUUUUGUCCAGGAUUGUCUGAAUCCCGGUUUUGGUAAAAAAGUCUGUUUUCUUCAUUUUUCCUGCCCUUUUGGGGCAGUUUGGAGACAAGUAGGUGAUCACAUGCAAUAAGAAUGACCUAUGAAACUAUUUUCUCAUCAUAGCAAGUUUUUACAAGGCAAUUCCCUCAUUUACAAUAGGGACCUUUAGCAUCAGGUUUUUCGUGGGAAACGGCAAACCGCAAACCGCAAAAUGUCACGUGACCACGGCCUUGCGGUCACUUUUGCAGUUUGCAGUUCACGUUUGAACCGCAGGAAGGGCUUCCAGCGGUAAGUGAUUUACGGGAAGGUUUUUUGCCACCAAAAAUUGUACAGCCUCGCGUUUAAAGGUAUGAACUAGCUUUUUGUAUCCGUUUGCGAUGUGUAUGUUCGAUUUUUGAUCUCGAAUCAAUGAAUUAUUGCUGAAUUUUGGGCGAUUAAAGUGAUGCACUUCGACUUGAUGAAAGCAACAUGGCGGCCCUGAACAAUGAACGCGUAGUUCAAAUCAAUUUUAUAUUCCUUUCUGCCGUACUAACAAAGGAAAGUACUCUGUUCCAAUCCAGGGUUAAUUUUUUUUUCUGUCUUGUUUCUGAAUUCAUAACUUAACUCAGUCUCUGUUUGGUUCCUAUUUUUAACGUAUUGCUCCGCGAAUAUCAUUUUAUUUUGCUUAUCUCUUUUAGACUGGGGAGCCCAGGCUUCAUAAAGCCUUCUGGUUUCUUCUAGGCUCCCUUGCAACCUUACAAUUCCUAUAUGUAUCCUUGUAUUGUAUUGUAUUGUAUUUUGGCUAAAUAAAAAUGAACUGAACUGAACUGAACUGAACGCCUUGCUAAAGUUUGAAAUCUCGGCAACGCGAAACUGCAAACGCGUAACUGCGGUUUGCGGUUUACCUGAUGCUAAAGGUCUCUAAUAUCGAGCUUAUUCCCUUAAACUGGAGCCGAGUACAGCGGUAGUUGGUCAUGCACGAUCUUUCGAGCAUCGCGCACAGUACUCGGGCGCAAAAACACAGUGUAUUAUCAAUAUUCACUACAAAUUAACUGAGAAACAGCUAAGGUAUACUUCAACCACAAAUUAAUUGCAUUUGAAAUAAUCUGCGUCAAAAAGGCCAUCCUGUGAAGUGAAUACAACAGUAAUCACUUGAUUCAGUAAGGAAAAAUUAUCUUGUUCUUCUUUCUCUCCAUUUCAAAGUGUGUACUGUGACUAAAGAGCUGAAAAUUGCGUUUUCGCUGUAAAUUAAAGCGUCAAAGGAUGUAUCUAAAGAUAAAUUUUCUCUCGUCAUUGCUGAGAUGUUAAGAUUCUAUAGAACAAGACGCUGUGGGAGCGUAUAUUUGGGCGUGGUCGUACUACGCGUAUGAUACUUUUAGCAUGUCUUGUUGUAGCUAAACAACUGUCAUCAUAUCCCACCAGAGAAAAUAAACCCUUUAAUCUACUUCUUUGAAGAACCACACAGCUUAUACAGUGUGUUCCAAUCUACAACAAAAAUCCUGUCACUUCAUGACAAUGUUUUGAAAUGCACAUCUUCAACACAUUCUUGCUCUCAGCCAAAUUGCAACAUAUGAAACCAGUGCUUACAGCCCUGAUAGUAAGGUUUAUCUCAGCUCCACUGAUACUGACACUUUGAGGGAGAUCGACCGGCAAUAUGUCUUUUCACACCCAUCACAUUGUAUAGUGUAUUCCGGUUAUUAACAAGUACAGAUAAAGUUCCUGAAGUCCAGUAUCCACAAGGAUUUAUAACAGAGUAACACAUUGCAUAAACUGCUGAAGCGCAGCACUGUUUACAGGAACAUUGUUAACUAUUAACAUUUGAUAUACUACAAUAUAUAUUCAACACUGCUUGAAAAAAGAUCAACUUCGAAGUUGGCAAGAUGUACACCUUUAAGCUCAUAAAGAAUCCUCAUUCCUGUUUGGACUCUGAAAAUAUUGUACUAAUUUAUGCAUGGAUGCUAUUUCCAAUAAUACACAUGUCCUUUCACUAUGACUGUUACCAUACAUAUCUCUAGCAUGAGAAUGAAAUACUUUAUAUCACCGACCCUCAAUGCUUUAGAUACCAACUCCAAUAAUUCCCACCGUUACAUUGAACGAGUUCUAGUUCAAAGCCAAGAGUGUUUCAAAUGCUGUACCCUGUGGCAUAUACAGUAGUGAUACCCCUUAAUUCUGGCAUCACCAUGCAUGUUACAAGUAUAACUUUCACUGUAUUCAAGCUGGAAAAAUUGUUCAAACUCCGUAACCUUUCCUGGCAAUUCUGUUAACAUUAACAAAGAUUGUCUUUUAAGCGGUGACAGACUAGAAUAUAAUUGAUUACAACAAUCAUUGCUUGAAUCAUAUCAUCAACUCAAGUAAUCCUUCUUAUCUUACUGUAAAUUAAAGCGCACAGACUCAUUGCAACACAUUGUUGUCCAGCAUUUUGGGUGUUACGAAAAGUCAGAUCUCGAAAACACAGACCUCAAACCCCGAAAAACUCAGACCCCCCCAAAAACUCAGACCCCUGGGUGUCUCGAAAGGACAGACCCUCAAUUCAAUAUUUUUGAGAUAUCGAUAUCAUUGAGUACCUUUACCUUUUGACUAACUAUAUAUCAGAGAGCGAAAAGGGGGGUUGCAUGAUACUUGCGCCAUGUCACGAUAUAGUUCAUACCAUUGAAAUGAACAAACAAGUCAGCUGUUCUCAAAUAUCGAUGAUCAGGGAUGACAUCACAGAGUAAUUCGGGUUGACUAUGACACUACCCCUUCCUUCAGGGAAUGACUGUGCAUUUUAAAACCGCCGCGAGUUUUUCUGUUUGUUGGAUAACGUACGAAGCAGCCUCAGCUGUUUCCGCUCGCUAUUCAACUUCAAGGGAGUGGGAACUGGAAUGAAAAAUCGCGCCCGAGCCUCAAUUAUUCGUGUGCAUCUUUGUCGCGCGAGCUGUCUCUUUGUUUCGUUUGCUUCUCUGUUUUUCUUUGCUCUUCGUCGUGCUUCGCUUGUCACGGCCUAAAACAGCACAAAGGAUCUAAAACAUCAGAUUCCAGCGUAUGGUAUUUCUGACAGUGCAGUAUUACGGAGCAGACAGAAACAGCUAUUUUGCCGGCACGGACCAGAGACUGGACCGGUUAGGAGGAAUUUUGGGUAGCUUUUUGAGAGAUGUUUAGUUGUACGUAACAAGUUUGAAUCAGUCUAGGUCAGCAUUCAUUCGACCUCCUAACUUUUAUUUUGUUUGCUAUAUUUCAAGUGUUAUAUUUGUUUGUAGGCUUUUGACAGCUAGUAUUUGCUAACCUCUGCCCCCGAGUUGUUGGCACCGCAGCUGAUUUCAGCGGGUGGGGGCGUAUGUUCCCUUUUUUCCUUGAAGUUUUCAUAUCCGGCGGUGUCGUACUUAAUUUUUCUUUUUUGAGGUUUGUGUUUUUCAUUGGGAGUUUUGUAAUUAAGUGCGGUCUUGUAAUCUUAAUAAACUGGCUUUGAGGUCCUUGCUGACCUACAGGCCCCUGUAUUUAUUCUUGUGUGGGCGUCUUUUUGGGUAGUGUAGGCAAAAUGGUUUAUUUUCGUUGAUUUGUCAACUCUUUGACGAGAACAGGUUUAACAAUUACCAACAUACCUGACCUCUUAAUUUGAAAACUGCGGCAAACGUAACAACCCGUCAGCAAAAUUUGGUUUUGUCGAAAUUUUGCCAGUGCGAAUUUUCGCUCAGGUGAUAUUUCUACAAAACCAUUCGCUUCUGUGGAUGCGAAAGAGAGAGAGGUUGCUUGCGGACUAUAGUUAGCUGUAAUAUUUGAAAAAUAUUGAGGGUAUGAGUUUUCGCGACACCCAUGGGUCUGAGUUUUUCGGGGUCUGUGUUUUCGAGACACCCAGGGGGUCUGAGUUUUUUGGGGUCUGAGGUCUGUGUUUUUGAGGUCUGAGUUUUCGUAACACCCCCAGCAGUUUCCACAAAUAAUGCAACGUUUCCUUGACAGUAUGGAACAUGAAUUGUUUUUGUCGCAUCUACAUAAACUGAAGGUCCUGGAUUCUUCUCGAUGUCAGUACAAAAUUAACCCGGUGAUUCAUACUCUUGUUAGCACUGUAAAAUGGCAAAUACUUACUUAAAACCCUAUUUGGAUAUCUCAUCCCACCUAAAUCGCCUGUCCUUUGAUGCUUAGACGACAGAUACACCUUCUCUCGUUGACGGACUAAUUUUGGAGUUACCCUAUAGGUAUAAACCUCACACUGUUACAGUAAUUUACUUCUGUAUCUGUACAAGUCUAAACCAUUUGUAUUUUUAACGUAACAAUGAAAUUUUAUACGACAAUUCAUUGUGUAUUUUGCCCAAUACCCUACCCGAAUACCCUGCCAAAAACUCUCACUUUUCGUGUUUUCUGUAACAAGAGAUUUUAAUUUCUUCAUCGGUAGUCUGCUAGGUGCACGACCGCGUCGAGAGAAUUGACUAACCUUUAUAUUCAAACCAACGGAAUUGUAAGUUCUGUUAUAUAUAAAUUUCCCACGACGAGAUCUCAAUUUAACUUCUUUUAUUUCCUCUACAACACAAUUUUGCUUCUGUGCAAUUGAGUCAUUACCUUUUCCUGUCACUUCACUGCCAUCAAAACACUCCAAUUGCUGAUGAUGCAAAAUCCCGACGCCGAGCAUCGUACAUGAACCACGUUACAAAAAAAAAUUACAUGAAAAAACACAACGGGCAAUACAAAAACAAUACAGUCACUCUGCCAAAUAAAAUUGAAAGCAUAAGAAGAAUUGUUACCGCUUUCAUAGCACUUACAAAAGAAGCGUGACUCCCUUUUGGUUUCAGUUGUUGACAAUCGUCUCGUCCUUCAAUCAGGCAGUUUCUUAUCUUCCGCAUUGUGAAUAUCCAAAUCACUGUUGUCAAAUUGAUUACCAGCUAUACAAAUCUUCCGACUCUCAAACUUGAUACACAUUCCUCUCUUCAAACCCUUGUCCAUUUCACACGUACACUCCUGAUAUUGCGAUUUGUCAUUGCGUCUGUGGGUAUUUGAUGUCAUUGAAUGUCUUGACAAUUUCGUUUGUUUUUCUUUGAGUUCGCCGACCAGCCCAUUCGGAAAACGCUCAGUGUCAUUUUUUAGAACAGUGUGUGCAUUUGUAAGUUUAAGGCACGAUAACAUACUUCAACAAUAUAUUGACACGUUUCUCGAAUCAGCGUCGCCAAAUUUUAUUCAAACUCCGCUGUAAAUAUUACCAACACUUUCAAACAAAAAAUGAUCCGGUACAAUUCUCGUGAAAUCAGCGACAAACUGUUUUGCCACGAGCCAGGCGUAUUAUGAAACAACCGCUUUUUUCUUACAUCACAAUUGCAUUAGCUCCUGUCGAAUUUUUGUGUAUACAAAUGACAGGAACGGCUAUUUACGUCGCUUAAUAUUUUUUCACGGCCGUUUUAUCUUUUGGGAAACGUUGUUAUUUUCUCUGCAAAGCCUACUGGAUUUUUUUUUACAUUCGUGCUCAUAUUGAGUAUUGGCGACUGUAAUGUUGACAUCUCUGAGCAACUUUUGUACCAGGUAAAAGACCUCGUCCACGACUCUAGCUCUUUGGCCUGCCGAAAUUCUUACUGUGUACACCCAAGAGAGGAUAAAGGGGACAGAGAAGGCAUCCCCCAUACACACCCUAUUCCAGACGUAAUUCGUUUCGAGUUAUUUUUAAGACCAUAGAUCCCAAGGGGGAUUAGACAACAGCCAAUCACAUAGCGCGAAUGUGUUCCGCGUAGAUGACCCACGCUCAGAGCCACGCGUCCUUCACGAAGACGCAGAAAAAAAUGGCGGAAGACGCGGAGAGCGAAAUUGCUAUUUGUUUUGUCGACGAAAACAACUAAAGAGAGAUUUCUGCUAAAGCUGUGUCAGCGAGACGGAAUUUAAAAAAGAAUCGCCCUUCCUAUCCUGUAUAGAGCUAACAGUCGAGCAGGGAAAUCCUUAACAUACUAAAUAUUCUCUCACGAUCAUUUAUAAUUUACAGUUUGAAGAGAGCAAUUUCUGGUUUGAUAUAUAUUCUUUUAUUAGUCUUUUAUUAUUCAACAAAAAUAACACUUGGCGUCCUACUUGUUUUAUUAUACAAAUGACCGGUUUCAAUAGACCGGCAAAAUUUCUCAUUUUAUUAAAGCACUGAGGUUACGACAACUUGGAGUUAAAAUGAUUUCACGGGUUGUCAAAGAGCGCAGCGAUUCCCUUUUCCCAGAUGAGCGCCGACUCACUUCGCUUUAAUAUUCAGAAAUGAUCUCGAUCUCUUUACGCUUUCAUUGCCUUUCGCCCGACAUGUUUUGCACGGCGUUUAGUCAUGCGAAACCUCCGCGAAACAUCCACGCAGCGCGCGAGGUAACUUUAUCCCGAUUCUAAAAAUAACUCGAGACGAAUUACCUAUGGAAUAGGAUGUGUAUGGGGGAUUCCUUCUCUGUCCCUUUUAUCCUCUCUUGGUACACCAGAAUGUUAGUAACUCGUUGCUUCCCUUAACCGCUUUCGGACGUGAGUUUUGUUUAAAAGUUACGUUAUAGGAAUAAAGCACGCGCUAUGAGAUACCACAAUUUCUGGUGUA